AUGGCGUUGCAGAGUGCUGGCCAGAAGAUGGGAAUGGAGCUCUACCAGGUCAUGCGUUCCUUGGGAGAUGGAUGUUCCGAUUGCUGUGGUCGGUCGCGUGCUUACCUUUGCAGCAGAUCGGCCGCGAGCAUCUGCUUCGACUCAGACGGCGGUCUGCUCUUCAAUAGGAAGCGCGUGCCACUUCUGGAAGCGAAGUAUGGGCCCGAAAGCACGGUGGCGGUGGUGCUCAACCUCGACCCAGAAAGUCCCAACAUGAACACCAUGUCCCUGUACAGAGAUGGACAGCGCCUCGCCGACCCGCAGACGCUGCCUGAAAGCUUGCAGGGGAAGGCGCUGUUUCCAACCCUGACGUACAAGAACAUGCGGGAGCCUUACUAUCGCUUUGCCUGCUUUGCAUGUUCAGCGCUCGAGAGUUCCGUCUGA